AUGGCACCAAACGAGAGCGAUGUCCUAAAGGAGUGCGAAAAGCACAAGCUCGCGAUCAAGAACUUGGGGGAAGAGACGAAGAGCCUCGGAGACAACAGCGAAGACCCGGAACGCGCCAAGGCUAUCGUCAAGAUCCUCAACGACGUCGACGAUUUCGUCGAUCUUGUAUUUGGAGAGGGAAGUAUCCGUCGCGAUUUGCAAACUAAACGACAGAUGAUACAAGUUCGGACUCUGAGUCGUAUCAGGUCUUGA